UUAUCUCAGGUUUUCAUUCACCAACUUUAUUUGCGUUUUGUAUUGUGUUGUGUCCCUCGGGAUCCAGGCCUUUUGGGGAUGGUUGCCCACAUGAUGUUCACCACGGCCUUUCAGCUGGCUGUGGCUAUGGGUCCGGAGGACUGGAGGCCCAAGACCUGGGACUACAGCUGGUCCUACAUGUAUGUACGGACUAGGUCACUUACCGAUACACUAGGUGCUGUACAAUAGGAGUUGUCUCUGAUUAAACUCUAAUACCCAGCUAUGUGAUACUUGUGCAAUUUUAAGCGACGCUAGCAUUCUGAGGCCAUGUACAGUAGCACAGUCAUGAUGGAGAGAGCAUGCAUGCUGAGGUUAAUCACACCCUCUGUACUUCUUCUUCCCCCUCCCCAGCUUAGCAUGGGGCUCCUUUGCCACCUGCAUGGCUUCUGCGGUGACAGCACUGAACAGGUACACCAAGACCAUCGUAGAGUUCAAGUACAAGCGGCGGAACAUUGAGAAGAACCUGAGGAUCAAGCAGAAGCUGCUGGAGAUGGACCUGCCAGAGCAGAUGUGSGACAUGUACCUGACGGCUGUGCCUGCAAGGGGAGAAGGAAAUGCUGGGCCUCUGGACCUCCCUGUCAAUGGGCACAAACCCUCCACUGGAGCAGCCUAUGUAAUGGGCCUGGACAGCAUGACAGAACCACAGGGAGAGGCCUACUGCUAAGACAGUGGUCACCAACCCUGGGCUUGCAGGGCCCCAUUCCAAUCCUGUUAGGAUGUACCUUCCAUCCUCCCUUCAUUGAGGUUAUGACUGCUCCAACAUGAUUGGAUAGGUUCCAAUUCAAAACACAAAGGGGAGGAAGAAAGGAUACAUUUUCACAGUAUCAGAACAGGGCCUACGAGAUCUAUAAGGCUUUACAGGACCAGGCUUGGUGACCUCUUCAUUAAAAUGACCAUAAAUUGGCUCUCAUAUACAGGAUCCCAAACUCACUGGACUAUAUAGGGCAUAAUGGAUCCCAUUGAGAAGAUCAUUACUAAUAUUAUGGCUAAAGGAACAUGGAGCUGACUGAAUAAACAACACUUGUCCUCAACCUCCUCCUGUAUGUUUCUAGAGCCAAGGCCAUGACUAUUCUUAUCAUUACUGUUAUUCUGGAGCAGAUGGUGAAGCUGUUUUUACAAGCUAUGAUAGUAGUUUUGUUGCCACAUUCGGCAUGGGGCUGCAAAUAUCAGCCAAGUCUAGUUUCCAUAUGGAUGCUUGGUGUACAGAUGGCUAUUUCCAACACGUACAGUAGGUUACAACAUGGUGCUUAUGUUUAUAUGUGCUGUAUGUAAGUUUGUGUUUGAGAGAAAGUUGGAUCUUAAUAUUUGCUUCAGAAUGUAAUGAAGAAAAAGGCAGCARCCAUAAACAUACACAGGAAAUGUAUUGAGCACAAACUUUGUCAGAAAUMAAGGACAAUWCYGACUGUGAAUCUGUCUAUGAUUCUUGGUAAUAUUGAGGAAAUGGGUUUAAAUGCCCCUCAUAACUAGGGAAUAUUUAAAUGAAAACCAACUGCAAACAACUACAGACUGAAUGGAUCAAUGCAGCUGCCUUGAAUUGUCUUGGAUUU